ACUAGAGGGUUUGAAACUGGUCAGAUGAGACAGGUGCGGGAGACAGGAACUGGUUCUCAGGGUAGUUUGGAGUCAGUUGGGGGCAGUGUGAAAAGAAAGCGGGAGCGUGCGGAUGAUGCGCGGCAUGAGGAGAGGCUACUGGGAUGUGGGAGGGAUGUUGUUGACAACUGGUUGGGGGGAUUCGGAACUGGAGGAUGGCUGGAGAGAGGGAGAAAUGGAGCAGCGGUACUGUUUCACGGAGACUUUAAGCGUGGUGGCUUGGCUAGUACCAGAAAAGACAGAACACAAAAUGGAAAAACUGAGGCAGGAAUAGAGCCCCCCCUGGAAGCAGGAGUUAGUGCUGGGAAGUGCGGACUUAGUUAUAUGAAUCUAGGCGUAUACUUGAUAAGAAAAAAUGUGCAGCAGCGCACUGACAGGUGUUUAGUUGAAGUCAAUCGGGUUGGCGCUGGGGACAUUGCACCAGGGAGUGACAGUGCAGCUGCUGCAAGGGGAGCUAGAACGAGGGGCUUCUUUGUGGGAGGAGGAGGAGGAGGAGGAGGAGAAGGAGAAGAAGAAGUUGCACCUGUUGUGGGUGGCUUUACGGCUGGUGGGAGCAAUUCCGCAGGAAGGGAUGGUGCUGUGAGAGACUUCAUGAAAAGCAAGGGAGCUAGAGAAGACGGUGCCAGGGUGUUGCAGUGGUAAGAGAUUUUCCAGUCAGCUCAAGGGUUGACUGAGACACGAGAGUGGAAAGGUCUAACUGUUAUGCAACUUGCAGAGGAGAGCAGCAGAGGCGCACAUUCACUGGGAAUUGCAGGGAAUGGAGCAGCAGAAAGUGUCGCUGAAGCUCUGCAGCAGCAGCAGCAAACAGUGUUGCGUGCAGGAGAGUGUGCAGGUGCGCAUGCGGGAGAGCAUGCGGGAGAGAAUGCGCGAGAAGCUGUGGCACAAGGGUUUCAGCAGCAGCCAACUUUGCAUGGGUGGCGGACCUUUGAGGCGUGGAGAGCUCAACACUUCAGGAACCAGAGGGCACCCUUGUCACUCAAUCCGGCAAUGCAGCAGCUGCCGUCUUUUUCAGGGUCGUCAAGGAAUGGAGCAGCAGAGCUGGGUCCAGCUACACCUCUUUUGCGUGGAGAAGCUUCUCCUUAUAUUCGUGUGCGAAGCUCACCACUCGUACAAGGUGCCGAAUUCCGAGGAGAUCAGCUUGACAAGGUGCCGAGGAUACCCGAGGGGCAGAUUUUUGUGGCGGCACAGAAGGCAGGGGAUACGGCCAAGGAACCUCUGCAAUUUUUGGGAGGACUCGAGGGCAGAGACCAGAUCACCACUGAUUGUAUAAAGACUGCUGAAAGGCCGGAGAGGAGCUGGUGGAAGACAGGGGCUGUGGGGACCAAGGGAACCCUUGAAGCUCAACUGCAGAACCUCCUUGCACCAAAUGUGAAUGAGGAAGUCGUGGGAGAAGCUGGAGACGGUAUCAAGACAGCUCGGAAGCAGGAGAAACUAUGGUGGAUAUCAGGAGCUGUGGGGACCAAGGGUGAGUUUCUUGGAGAACUCCAGAAUAUUCCUGCACGGCAGUUGAGUGAGGGAGCCGCCGGUGUGCCUUCCCUAGUAGCAACUCAAGGGGUAUUGCAAGAAAGGUGCCUUGCUACAGAGAUAUUUACCAGGGGAGCUGUUCAGCGGAUCAGCCCAGCAGGAAGUUAUGCAGCAGCACGUCCUGCUACAUGCCCUGCUAGGGUUUCCACAGUUUUGCCACCUGUUUCUUUGAAUACCUUGAUGCCUGUGCAUGACACAUGCUAGUUGGUUUUAGUGGAAGUGUUUUUAGGCCCUUCGUGAUGGAGGUGGCUUCGUAUGUACUGGUAUGCUUGACUGGAAUAGAUGGGUUGUAGUACCUGGUAGCCAUCAGUUGAUACCUCCG